AUGCCGGAUAGCUUGAAUAUCGCCACUUUGUUCCCACUCGCUGCCAUACGCCCUAGUCGUCCCGCUGAGCCUUUCAGACUGGUGCUCAUGGAGGAGAAUGUAUCGGACUAUCAAUCAACCUGUCAGUACCUGAAUCCUGAGAACCAAAUUGCCAUAUCUGUUCCAUAUCUUCAUCGUCCCGCAUUACUUCUCCAGAGCUUCACAAACCGGGGGUCUUUCCAAAUCCAGGGUACGUCUGACAUGGCACGAAAAGGGGCAUGUAACACCAAACUAUGAACCAGAGGGAGAACCUACGGUAUUGUCGAUAAGAUCUUGGUCGCGGGCAUUGUCGUAGAUGUCUAUCGUGACGCCCCGUAA